AUGGAUGAUUUAACAUCAAUAUUGCUGCUUCUUGAGCUGCAGCAUGAGUUUAGCGGCCUCAAAAUUCCUGGUAAGUCAAAAUGGUUUUGCAUACGAGGUCGACUAGCAAAGUUUGGACCUCCAUUUAAGCUUAAGGAAGAGUUUUUGGACGCUGAUGUCUCUCCAGUUAUGACAUUUAUCGUACAGAAUUGCAUAUUUACACCCACCCUUCCAGGUGUGAACAAGGCACCGGAUGAGUUUUGGAGCGGACAACUUCAGCCUUUAUUAGAAAAAAUUGGCAAGCAUAACCUUUCGGACUCGUACGACCAUGGCCGGGUUAGCAAGCGAAAAAUGAUCGGGUUUGCCGUAAUUGUUGUUAUGCAUGUAUUGGCCAAAGGGCUUAUGGGAAAAGCUCCUGUAGAUUUCAAAAAUAAGGAACAAAAAGACAAUAAGGAUGGGGAUAAUCCAUCUCAUUCAAAUGUGAAAAAUUCACCCAACUCAAAAACGUCGGUACCUACAGAAAGCGAUGCUACAAAUGCAGUGCAGAAGAGUCUUGCAAAUGUAACUUUCGAUGAAAGCUCAAGACCGAUUAAGUAUCCUUCAAGAGAGAGAUUAAAUGAAGCAUACUCCCUUUUUGUGUACGGCGAUGGUUUGGACGAAUUUAUUCGUCUCCUCGGUGAGUCUGAAGACAUUAGCACCUGGGACGAACCUUUAAAGUCGCUAGCUGAGAAUGUUCGCUAUACAAUUGCAUCUCUUUUACAUUUCGUUUUCGUAAUUGUGGACAGAAUUCCACAAUCACCUCAUCUCGAAAAUAAUGGAAAGGGGCCGGAAGGAAUUGUUGAGCGCAUAUAUAAUCGUGUUCCAUGGUUUUUGACUCGACAGGUUCUCCGAGUAGGGAAUGCUGGGCUUUUAAUGUCUGGGCUUACUCGAUUGUUUCUGAUGAAACCUCUCUCGUGGUUUGCCGAAAGCCGUAAUUUGCUUCAGACGAUGCUUUCAGGAAUUUUCAACGCCGAUCUGGAACACACAGAUAAUUUAUUAAAAGAAAUUGAUACAAAAUUUGAUGAUGAUCCGGAAUGGACUCAAAUGAGAGAAGCAAUUCAAUGGUAUGCGCAACUACCUAGAAUUCGUCAAGAUGAAGUUCGUGACCAAAGCAUCCAGAAAAAGCUUAAUAUAACUGUUGCGGUCUUAAAGGAGCAUCAAAAUGAAAAAAAAUUAAAAACUGAUGUUACUGGCUCCGCAGAAGAAAAAGUUACUUCAGAAAGCAAUGUCGAUUCCUCCGAGGUUUAUACAGUUUCUUUAUCAAGUGAUGGUGAGAAAGAUAGUCGUAAAUUUGAUCCCUUUUCAGAUGUUGGGGUCCAAACGGCGAUGAAGUACCUUGAUGCUGUUUUGACACACCGUGACCGUGAAUGCCUUAUUCAUGACUUGUGUGAAGGCGAUCAGUUGACUGAUAUAUGUUUUAUGUACGAUCUUAUCCAACUCUCGAAGGCAGCUUCUCCUUUGUCGAGCUUCGUUGAACUGGUUGAGAAAUAUCAGAGCUGUUUUCUUCGUUUUGUUCAUCGUUUAGUAGUCAAUGCCCCUGAUUUAUGUGCUCAAUGGUGCGUUUGGUACCGCCAUUGUCUAGAUGAAUGUAAAAUCAAUUCCAGGUCGCCAGAUACCGUUAAGGCCGCUCAAGAUGCACUGAACUCCUUGGAUGACGAUACUAAGCAGAAGGUUUUGCAUGAGAUUCAAGCUUACAGUAAUGACUUAAAAAAACAACAGGAAGUUUCAAUUGAAAAGAACGAAUGCACAAGUGAAUGGUAUUUUCAUUUGGCCAAACUUUUUGGAUCUGCUAUCAUCACUCCAACUACAGCUAAAGGCGCUCCUCAACCCCAAUUACCGGACUGCAAUAUGAAUUUAACUAUGACUAAAAAGCAUUUAUUGACCCCUUUUCGUAAUUGUCUCAUGCAACAAUUGACUACAUUAUAUCAUGAAAAGGAUCAUGAAAGCUCUAAAGAUUAA